UUUUGGUGUAAUCAACAAGCAAAUAUCUGUCGCGAAUAUUUAUUUUUAAGGAUAAAUAAAUAUCGAGUCUAUUAAUUUUAUUUUUUAAUGUUUUUGUAAAUAUUAUCUUAACAUCACGCAGAAAAUGUCUGCUCUUGGCGGCUCGUCUUGGGAAGAGUUGCGUAAGCAGGCUCGCAUGCUUGAGAAUGAUAUAGACAUGAAAUUAGUUGCAUUUAGCAAACUGGGAAUGAGUUCAGCCCCGUCUGGUCUAAGUGCGGAGAGUGUCCCACUCAUCAACAGCGAGGAUAUGUUCGACACAAUGUCUAUGGAACUGCAACAGUUGUUAAAUAAGCUUUCUUCUAUAAAUGAUAAAAUGGCAGAUUUAGCUCCGAGUGGGGCUGCUACAAUGCAUACAAUCAAAAGGCAUAGAGAAAUAUUAAUGGACUACCAACAAGAGUUCACGAAGACGUCUGCGCGCGUGAACGCGCGUCGCGAGCGCGAGGAGCUGCUCCGCGGCAGCAGCCCGCCGCCCGCCGCCGGGCUCAGCCGCCGCGACCAGUACGCCAAGGAGGCCAGCCACUUGCACAGUUCACAUAUCCUAGUGGACGAACAGAUAAACAUAGCGAUGGAGGCUCGCGAGCACCUCACAUCGCAGCGGCAAACGUUCAAACGAAUGCAGACGAGGUUCAAUGACAUCACAAACAGGUUCCCCAUGUUAAAUAGUCUAAUAUACAGAAUAAACGCGCGAAAACGUCGCGAUUCCCUCAUCCUCGGGGUCGUGGUGGCGGUCUGCACUUUCCUCUUACUACUCUACGCAUUCCAUUGAGUUAUUACCUGCAUUAUUUAUUUAUGUAUUUGUAAUCUAUGAUUUUAUUUGUUAAACUACUCGUAUAAUAAGUUUCUUUUUUUGUAAAAAAAUAAUAACAAAUUUACUUACAUAAUUGUUUCUUUUCACCAGAUAGCUAUGUGACUUAAGUUUUGUUUUUGGAAUUAAUUAUUGCACAUAUAAAAUAGCAAGUUUAUAAGUGAUCAAAAGUAGAACAGGUAGGGUAACAGUGGACCACAUAUAAAUAUCAGCUACCUAUCAUAGAUGGUACAAUUUUGUCUGUGGCCCAUUGCACAUAAUUUAUAAUUUCCAUAUUCAUACAAUAUUCUUUCAAAAACUUUUGGUAUUUUGUACAGAAUAAAGGCAGAGUUAACUCAAACAAAAGCGUUCAAAUGUCAAUUUUAUGUUUUCUUACUAACGGUGCAAUGUUCAAAAAUAAACACACAAUGGUUAUCUCUAACUGUUAUUAAAAGUUAUGGCUUUUGCUCUGCAUAGAAACUGAAAGUACUAAAUUAACUGAAACUUAUUGACUUACUUACGUAACAUAUAGACCUAGCAAAUAGGAAGAAAUCAUUUAUAUUUAAUUAUAGGCUGUGUUUUGUUUGUCUUUUUAAUAACUAUUAUGGGAACAACUUUUAAAUUUGCAUGUAUUGUGGUACACUGUAUAGUCAACUGCGGAGAAACUUAAACUUGCCUAUUAUAAAGGUUAGCUAUGGAGUCUGGGUUCAUAUUUCUUUGCAGUUGACUGUACAUGCAUAAACGUGUCAUAAUUACUUAUUAUCAAAAUUAUGCUUCUUAAUUUCAUUUGAUAAAUUAAGAGGAAAUAUUAGAAACUAUACAGAAAUACUUUUCUUUCAACCAAAUAUAUGUACACUGCUAGAGAUAUUAUGAAAGUAGAUACUUACACCAGACUCCUCAGGGGCAAUAUGUAUUACUCACCGGUAUACCCCUAUUUUUCGUUUUGUAUUAUUAAAUUAUUUUUUAACAUUUUUUAGUAUAAUUGCAUAGUUGUUUCGGCGAAAUAUAUUCUGCUAUUGGAACUCUAAAAUCAAGAAGUUUAAAACUUAGUCGAGAAAAAUGUACGAAACAGCAGUUCUUUUUUCGUAUUUUCAGUACCAAGAACGAAAAAAGAAAUAGAAAACAAUUUUAACUAUUUUCUAAUAGUCUCAGUGAAAAUACUUACACUACAUAAAAAGAGAAAUAAGGUUGUACGGUCGGGGGUGUUUUUUUGAGAAUUUUGAUGUCAAUCUAUAUAAUAUAAAUUUGAAUGUACAGAAUAUUUUUAUUUAUUAGAGGCAGAAGGCCUAGGAUUGGGGAUCAUAAGAAUAUAUCAAUGUAAAAAUAUAUAAAUAACAUAAUAAUUGAUAAAUAAAAAAAGGUCUUAUGAA